UUUAUGCAACUUCCAGGGCGGACGUUUACGUAACUGUACUACAAGCACAUGCCGGUUGAACAGUGAACAAAUACCUAUUAAAAAGGUUGUUUAUGUGAGUGUAUAGUAACAUGGCUGCUGGUGCGUUAAAGCUUUUAAAGCCGUCGUCGUUGUUGUUGAGAGGAAGGUCGUGCAGCAGAGCUCCAGCUGCUCGUGCGUUCUCCUGCACAGCAGCUCGCUCUCAGCUGCACGGGGUGACCGGUGCCGGUGCCGGUGCUCUGACGGGCAAAGUGGACCGAUUUGGUGGAGUGACAGUGAACCUGGCUGACAUCUGUUUACCGGUGGACAUCAGUGAAAGCUCCUUCAGCAGAUUGCUUCAAGAUUCUUUGGCCCAGUGGAAAGCAGAUGGGAAAGUUGCAGUGUGGCUUCGAGUUCCCAUCUCACUGAGUCGAUGUGCUGCAGCCGCCUCUACUCACGGCUUCACCUUCCAUCACGCCAAACACGACCACGCUGUGCUGGCGCUCUGGUUGGGAGACGGGGAAAGCAGGCUGCCGGGGUUUGCAACUCACCAAAUCGGAGUAGCAGGUGCAGUUGUUGAUGAAUCCAAUGGAAAAGUUCUUGUGGUCCAAGACAGAAAUAAGACAAAGAAUGCUUGGAAGUUCCCCGGUGGCUUGUCUGAUCCAGGAGAAAAUAUUGGUGCCACUGCCGUUCGUGAAGUCUUUGAGGAAACCGGCGUUCAAUCCGAGUUCAGGUCUCUGCUCAGCAUCCGGCAGCAGCACAACCACCCCGGCGCCUUCGGCAUGUCGGACAUGUACAUCAUCUGCCGACUCAGCCCUCUCAGCUACGACAUCAACUUCUGCACUCAGGAGUGUCUGCGCUGCGAGUGGCUGGACCUCGCCGAGCUGGCCAAGACCGACCACACCACGCCCAUCACCUCUCGCGUAGCCAGGCUGCUGCUUCAGGGCCUGGAGCAGGGCUUCGACAGGAUCGACCUCGCCAUGGAGGAGCUGCCUGCCGUCUACUCUGGGAUGUUUUACCAGCUGUACCACAGGCAGCUUCCUCCGACACUAAAAUCCUAACAAGCCGCCGUCAACCUGAUGGGGGUUAGCAUAUCAAGUUGACACACGGUUGUCAGUAUUACUCAUAUUUAAAGUGUAUUUAUGAAUGGAAUUUUGUUUGCAGUGUGUUUUUUUCACACUGUUACUGUUGAAGAAAUAUGGUUAUGGUUAAUAUGGUGCAAUAGGCUGUGGACUACAAGAACAUUCACUUUGUGGUUUUUAAAAGAGAUAUGCCACUGUGGUGCCUGGCUGCAAGACUGCAGAGUUUUAUACGGUUCAUUUAACACUUUUUUGGAUGCCAUGUUGGUAGUCCAUAUCUGUCGGACAAUAGAGUGCUGCAGGGAUGAUGUAUUUUUGUAGGGUAAGUUAGCAUCGCCAUGGUUCCCUCAACAAAAAGCCAAUAGGAUUCUUCCACUGGGUUUUUGAUUAUUGCUAAAAAUAGGCCCUGUUGUGGUAAACACACUGGUUCCGUAAAAUAAUCUUCACAAAUGAACACCACUUUUAUGAUUUUGAAGUGUGAAU